AUGAACCUUCGUUCGCUCCUCCUCGGCAGCGCUGUCGCCCUGGGCGCCAAUGCAUUUCUAGUCGUCCCCGAGAUAGAUGGUGAUGCUGUCGCUCCACAGGGUGAUUUUACUGGCCUCCAUCCCUUGGAAGCCUUUACUGCUCAGCAACAGCAGGUCAAGCUCGUUUGCAGGGAGUGCCCGUUCCGCGAAGUCAAUGAGAAUGGAGAUGUCAGCUGGACUGACGGCUUCCUCACUUCUCUGGCAUUGAACUUCUCUAUCGAAGAUGGUGCUUUGCUGGUCAAUGGUCAUCAGAUCUUCCCACCUCCUCCCCCAUCCGUCAUCACUGCCGUUCAGCGCCGGGAACCUGACGGAGCAGAGUCCGACCCCAUCUCAUUGGGAUACGCUGUAGAGUUCAUGCCUCUUGGUGUGCCAAAUGACGCUCCUAUGGAGCUCUCAGCUGUUCGAUUCACUGUCCUCGAUCUGGACGGCCAUCCCGUACCACUCGAUACCGUUGCCAUCACCAUCAUCAAUGACUUCAAGGGUAACAUCUACAUGGCGAAGACCGACUUCGAAGAUACGGCUCCGAACCGCCUCUCGUGGAAACAGUGCCGUGGAAAGCCCAAGUGUCUGCGCAAGCUUCUGGUUGAACGCAUCCGCGGAUUGUUUUCCGCCGCAAAGGCGCGUGUCCUUGGAAUGAGGCCUAACUCUUUUGGUUGUGGCGGUCGUCCUCGUCCUAUGCUACACCCCUACCGCCCAGAGGGCGAUUCUGAUCACGAUAUCGUACCUGGACGCCGCCCUCACCCAGGAGAUGAGGGUCCCUUCGGAUUUGACGGUCGCCCUCAUCACCACCAUCACAUGCACCAUAUGCAUCAUGGUGGUUGGGAACGCACCGUUUCCCGCAUCGUUCGUUUCAUUGUUGUUCCCGCAGUUCUCGGUGUUCUUGCCGGGUUGGCCGCCAGCGCUCUCGGUAUGUUGGCCGGCCAGAUUGUGGUCUUCCUGUGGCAACGGCGCCGUCGCUCCACUCCCACAGAAAAUGUGGAGCAAGGAACUGUGUCGGAGAAGCAGGGCCUGAUGACUUCGGCCUCCGAGGAGCUUCCUCCUGCUUACAGUGAUGAUGAAACUGUCGAGGUGUCCGACACCAAGCAGUAA